AGUCAGCUGACAAAAUGAAACAGUCACGAGUCUCAACAUGGCUUUCAGCAAUGUCCGGAUUGUUUUGGUGUAUUCUCUUGCGUUAACUACCCAGAUAACAUGUGCUUCACCUCGCACAUUCAGCAUAGACUACCAGAACGACUGCUUCCUCAAAGAUGGAGAGCCAUUCCGCUACAUCUCCGGCAGCAUCCACUACAGCCGCAUUCCCCAGAUCUACUGGAAAGACAGGCUGCUCAAGAUGUACAUGGCAGGCCUGAAUACCAUCCAGACGUACAUUCCAUGGAACUUCCAUGAGCCUGCUCCUAACCAUUACAACUUCAGUGGAGACAGGGACCUGGAGCACUUCCUCCACCUGGCGCAGGAAGUGGGCCUCUUGGUCAUUCUUCGACCGGGACCAUACAUAUGCGCAGAAUGGGACAUGGGAGGCCUUCCAGCCUGGCUGCUCAACAAGAAAGAUAUAGUGCUUCGCUCCUCUGAUGCAGAUUACAUUGCCGCAGUGGAUAAAUGGAUGGGGAAACUACUCCCUAUGAUCAAACCUUUCCUCUAUCAGAAAGGAGGGCCCAUCAUUACAGUACAGGUGGAAAAUGAGUAUGGUAGUUACUUUGCAUGUGACUACAAUUAUCUGCGCCAUCUCACUCAACUGUUCCGCUCUCACCUGGGUCAGGAAGUGGUGCUGUUCACCACAGAUGGUGCAGGGGUGGGGUACCUGCGCUGUGGGGCCCUGCAGGGCAUCUAUGCUACCGUUGACUUUGGGCCAGGUGGGAAUGUGUCUGCAGCCUUUGCUGCUCAGAGAUAUGCUGAGCCUCAUGGGCCUCUGGUUAAUUCUGAGUUCUACACUGGCUGGCUUGACCACUGGGGGGGACACCAUUCUGUUGUGUCCUCUGCAAUUGUGGCAAAGUCUCUCAAUGAAAUCCUGGCAAUGGGAGCCAACGUUAAUAUGUACAUGUUUAUUGGAGGAACAAACUUUGGAUACUGGAAUGGAGCCAACACUCCCUACGCCCCCCAGCCGACCAGCUAUGACUACGACGCCCCUCUCAGCGAGGCAGGCGAUCUCACUGACAAGUACUUUGCCAUCCGUGACGUGAUUAAAAUGUACAAUAAGAUACCAGAGGGACCAGUUCCUCCAUCCACACCAAAAUAUGCAUACGGAUUGGUGAAAAUGACUAAGCUCCAGACUGUGUCGGACGCAGUGGACUUGCUGUCUUUCUCGGGGCCUGUUAAAAGCACCUUCCCUCUGAGCUUCUCUGAGAUGAAGCAGUACUUUGGAUUCCUGCUGUAUCGGACCAAAAUUCCUGUGGACUGCAGCAUUCCUACACCCCUGUCCUCCCCACUCAAUGGGGUGCAUGACCGUGCCUAUGUGUCUGUUAACGGGGUCGCAGCUGGUAUCCUUGAGAGAGAUAAGUCCAUAAGCAUUAACAUUACUGGGAAGGCGGGGAGUCAGGUUGACAUACUGGUGGAGAACAUGGGACGAGUCAAUUAUGGGAAGGACAUCAAUGACUUCAAGGGCCUGAUAUCCAACCUGACCCUGGGCUCAGAGGUGCUGAGGAACUGGAUGAUUUACAGCCUGUCUAUUGAUGAAGCUGUGAGCAAAGGCCUCCUCCAUGCAGGAGCAUCCCAGGGGACCCCCUCGUCCGCAGACCCCUCCACUCCAGCCUUCUACACCGGCAGCUUCAGCAUUCCCUCCGGAAUCCCAGACCUGCCUCAGGACAGCUACAUCCAGUUUCCUAAUUGGGGGAAGGGUCAAUUGUGGAUCAAUGGCUUCAACUUGGGUCGGUACUGGCCUAGCAGAGGGCCUCAGGUGACCCUGUUUGUGCCGGUUCAUGUCCUUAGCACGGCCGCGCCCAACAAUGUGACGGUGCUGGAGCUGGAGAGCGCACCCUGCAGCCAGGGAGCCUGUACGGUGGAGUUCACAUGCACCCCCAUCCUGAGCGGCAAAGGCACACACGGGUGGGGGCUCUUCAACAAAGAGGAUCUCUCCUGAUCAUUGCACAGCACUGCACAGCAAAAACAUCACUAAACACCUCUAAAAAACAGCAGCAAAACACCACUACACAACAGCAGCAAUACAGCACGACAUUACACAGGAAAACACCACUAAUCACCACUAAACAACUGCGAUACAACACAACAUUGCACAGUAAAAACACCACUAAACAACAGCAGUGAUACAACACAACAUUGCACAGCGGAACACCUCUACACAACAGCAGCAGAACACCACUACACAACAGCAGCAAUACAAAACAAACAUUGCACGGCAGAACAUCGCUACACAACAGCAGCAAUACAACACAACAUUGUACAGCAAAUCACCACUACACAACAGCAGCAAUACAACACAACAUUGCACAGCAGAACACCACUACACAACAGCAGAAACACAACACAACAUUGCACAGCAGAACACCACUACAAAAGAGCAGAAAUACAACACAACCUUGCACAGCAGAACACCACUACACAACAGCAGCAAUACAACACAACAUUGCACAGCAGAACACCACUACACAACAACAGCAAUACAACACAACAUUGCACAGCAGAACACCACUACACAACAGCAGCAAUACAGCACAACAUUGCACAGCAGAACACCAUUACACAACAGCAGCGAUACAACACAGCAUUGCACAGCAUAAUACCACUGCAUAACUACUGCAACAGCAGCAACACAGGAAAACAACAGCAGUGCAGAACACUGUAUGCCUUUUCCUGAGCAUAGUUCCUCUUCUGCAUCAAUGAUGUCCUUAAUUGAUGAUAUAUAGAAAAUGCUCGCACACUGAUAUUAAACAAAGGAAUGUCUACACUGAGGUUUAAGGAUGAAAAAAUCUCAAAUAUGUAAUGGUCCAUAGUGCUGUACAAAUCAAAUGUGUCACCAAAAAGGUGUAGGGUGAGAAAAAAAGAAAGAAACGUUUUGGUAAGAUACCUUCUUCAGUAUGCCGUAAAGCUUUUCCUAUUUGAUCUGAGACAGCUACGGCAGUGAAAUGCGUUUUCACUGUGAUUGCUUUAUAUUAAAAUCAACUCAGGGCAUAACUUGCACAUCUUAAUAUGUGAGUGCUUAUCUGGUGGAUGCUGUAUAUUUAAAGGGAUUUGUUUUGUCUUUCACCAUUCUCACAGAUUUUCUGCAUCACAUUCAGUUAAGAAAGUCUCCAUUAAAAUCAUGUCAUGGCAGAUCAUAUGACUAUGCUCCAUAAGACCCUGAGUUCAUGAACAUUACUGUAUGCACAUUAUAAUUGGUUGGCAAAGACCUUGGGGAAAAGGUAUUUUGCGGGAUACGAGUGUGAAAAAACUUGACUGAGGUCUAUAUGGUCUCUUAACUUUGAAGGUGUUGGUAUCAGCUUUAGUUGUAUAUGUUUUUUAUUUCUUCUUAAUCAUUUGGGUUGUAGCCUAUUGCUUGCUAUAAAGAUAAGCAGAAAGUGAAUGUGCUUUUUUGGAGGGAAUUUCAGAAAUUAUGGUGAAAUUGGUAAAAUGCAUAGUUUUACAGAAUUAACAAGAGAAUUAACCCAUUAACAGAAAAGAUGUUUUUGGUGGAUCAUAUCCUCAUUAAAGUCAUAGAAAUCCCUUUCUUAAAGCCAGAAAUCUCCACCCUAUCAGGGUGAAUGUGUUUACUUUUGUGAUGUAUGUACAUAUAUCAAAUCUUUUUGUAACUUUUGCACAAAUGGAGGGUGGUUUUAAAAUGUUUUCUGAGGAUUUUUGAAUGUAAUUUUUAGCAUGUGUAUGGUGAAUUUAUUUGUAUGGCUACUGUUGGCAUACCAGACACAAUCUUGUCCAGACUUGAAAGGCAUUGCCGGUACAGUCUGUACCGAAGAACAGGUCUAUGUUGGCCAUAGGCUCAAUCAGCUUUUUUUUGGUUUUAUACCCAAUCAGUCCGGUUUGUAAAUUGUCACUUUCUGUCCUUUUUAAUGGUGCAUGGCAGCAACUGAAAUAAAUCAGUUUGAUUUUAUUCACUGUA